AGUGUGAUACGUCAGAUGAAUAAAGAAUAAGUAAUGUAUUGCGAAUUGAUUUACGCAAAACAGCAUAUUUUUGAAGCCAACUUCUACCUUCCAAUACGAUUGUGUAAAAAUUCGCAAGAUUUAUUCCGGUGAAAACGAAGCUGGAGCCGAACAAUGCCGAGAACAUCCGAACAAUACCGAGAACAUCCGAACGACGCUGAAUCAUAUUCUGUGCGUUAAGACUGUGAUUACCGAUGUCGCCAUCGUGCUGAGAGUCGCGCUAGUAAAGCAAAGUUUUAGAUGCAUUGCUUGUUCAGUGAAACGUGAUCGUUUGCCGCUUCUAUACAUUUGUCAACUAUUUCCGAUCAUUACAUAGAAUGUGUUGGUGUGCAUAAUAUAGGCAAUGAAUAACCAUAACAAAUCCACGCGUUAGUGUUAAAUUAUACGCGAAAAGUAAUCGUUCAAUAUUGGUUGCGCUAGUAAAUGCACUAUAUGCUCCUCCGAGGUCACUAUCAAACUUUGACAGACGCUAGUAUGUCACGUCUAAACUUGAUACUGUUUAUAGUAGGUGCUUGGAAUUUUAUCAGCACGGUAUCUGCAGCAGAAGAUGGUCACUGUAUUUGGUAUGGAGAAUGUUACACCGACAUGAUGAUGCAUAAAAAGAAUUGUCCCUACACAGGACCACCUAAAUUACUGGAUAUUGAUGGUCAAAAACUUUUGGCUAAAAAUUGCCCUCAUUUAAUGAUUGAUUCUGGAAAUGGAAUUAAUACUUGUUGUGAUACAAAUCAGUUAAAGACUAUGGAUGCAAAUAUUAAGCUAGCAGCUAAUUUUUUAAAAAGAUGUCCUAGCUGUCUAGAUAAUUUAGUAAAACAUUUUUGUGAAUUCACUUGUAGCACAGAACAAAGCAAAUUUAUUAAUGUUACUGAGAUACAGAAAGAAAAUGAAAUAAAAUACAUUAAUGGGAUAGAUAUUUAUGUAACAAAUAAGUAUAUUGAAGGUACAUUUAAGUCUUGUAGCAAGGUAUCAGUACCUAGUACUGGACAAUUAGCAUUGGAUAUAAUGUGUGGAAUUUGGGGAGCUAGUAGAUGUACUGCAUUAAAAUGGUUUCAUUAUAUGGGUGAUGCAGCAAACAAUGGAUAUGUACCAUUUCAAAUUACAUAUAUAAAUACUGAUGAACCUGUUGGUUCAUUUAUUCCUGUAGAUCCUAAAGUUACACCUUGCAGUAAAGCACUAAAUAAAAACACACCAGCAUGCAGUUGUGUAGAUUGUGAAGCCAGUUGUCCAGUGCCUCCACCACCUUCUUCUCUGCCACAACCAUUUACCAUUUUUGGCUAUGAUGGUUAUGCUGUGAUGAUGAUUAUUACUUUCGUUUGUGGUUCAGCUGUUUUCAUCUUGUCAAUAGUGUGCUUCAGUAACAGGAAACAAAUUGUUGCACGAGGUGAGGAGGUAGGAAGGCAGGUGGGUAGACGCCUAGCCGCAGGGUUACAUCACCCAGGAGAUGGUGCGCGUAUUGCUCUUGCUGCAGACCAGGAAGACAGCCCACUUCAAUCUAAGCGUUCCAGUGUGAUAUCUGCAGAUGAUUUGCCGAGCGGAUUCGAUGAUGAAGAACAAUCGACUUUUAUUGAAAGAUUGGGCGCAGGCACGGACAAACUGUUAGCAAAAUUCUUUUGUUGGUGGGGUACAGCAUGUGCGUCACGUCCAUGGUUUGUCCUAUUCGUUGGUUUCUUAUUUAUUGUUGGUUUGGGACAUGGAAUAAAAUAUAUACAUGUUACCACUGAUCCAGUUGAAUUAUGGGCUGCGCCACAAUCUCGGUCACGAGUGGAAAGAGAAUAUUUCGAUAAACAUUUUGAACCAUUCUAUAGAACUGAGCAAAUAAUUAUAACAUCGGUUGAUUUACCGAACAUUGUUCAUAAUACAUCUAAUGGUCCGAUAACGUUUGGUCCUGUGUUUAAUGAUACCUUCCUCAAGACUGUUUACAAAUUACAAGAAGAAAUAAAACAAAUAACAACUCCGAAUAAUUAUACCUUGGCAAAUAUAUGUUUUGCACCAUUUAAUAGUCCUUUUACUGGACCAUCAACAGUAUCACAAUGCAUUAUUCAAAGUGUUUGGGGAUAUUGGCAAGAUAGUAUAGAAACGUUUGAUUAUUCUAUCAUAGAUGAGGAUAAUUUUACAGUAAAUUAUUUAGAUCAUUUCAGAGUUUGCUCACAAAAUGCAUACAAUCCUGAAUGUCUUGCACCUUAUGGUGGUCCUGUGGAACCAGCUAUUGCUGUUGGCGGAUUUUUAUCUCCAGGUCAAGAUCUCAGUAAUCCUUCAUAUGAGAAGGCCACAGCAGUAAUUUUGACCCUACUAGUAAAUAAUUAUCACAAUAAAUCUAAAUUACAUCCGGCAAUGGAAUGGGAGAAAAGCUAUGUUGAAUUUAUGAAAAAUUGGACAAUGACAAAAAAGCCAGCAUUUAUGGAUAUUGCUUUCACUUCGGAACGAUCAAUAGAGGAUGAAUUAAAUCGUGAAUCUCAAUCGGAUGUUUUAACUAUUCUUGUAUCAUAUGUCAUUAUGUUCGCUUAUAUUGCAAUUUCUCUUGGUCAGAUAAAAAACUGCAGUCGGCUUCUGAUUGAUUCUAAAAUUACUCUUGGCCUUGGUGGUGUGCUUCUAGUAUUGGCUUCUGUUGUAUGUUCUGUUGGUUUCUUUGGUUUCGUUGGUGUUCCGGCUACUCUCAUUAUUAUUGAAGUCAUACCAUUCCUCGUCCUUGCUGUCGGAGUAGACAAUAUUUUUAUUCUGGUCCAAACACAUCAGAGAGAAAGUCGUCAUCCUAAUGAAUCAGUACCUGAGCAUAUCGGUCGUAUUCUCGGUCAAGUGGGACCAAGUAUGUUGCUGACAAGCGUGUCAGAAAGUUGUUGUUUUUUCCUUGGAGGAUUAUCUGAUAUGCCUGCUGUUAAAGCUUUUGCUUUAUAUGCUGGCAUGGCGUUAUUGGUAGAUUUUGUACUGCAAGUCACAUGUUUUGUUAGUUUAUUGGCAUUAGACACUGUUCGUCAAGCAAACAAUAAACUUGACGUAUGUUGUUUUGUACAUGGUUCAAAAAAAGAUGAUGGCGAAGAAGUAGUAAAUGGAAUUUUAUACAAACUUUUCAAAGUUGUUUAUGUUCCAUUACUGCUGAAAAAGUGGGUACGUGCAUUCGUUAUGUUAAUAUUCUUUGGUUGGAUUUGCUCAAGUAUCGCGGUUGUUCCACAUAUUGAAAUUGGUCUAGACCAAGAACUUUCCAUGCCUGAGGAUAGUUUCGUUUUGAAAUAUUUCAAAUUUUUGAAUAAUUACUUAUCUAUUGGACCACCAAUGUACUUUGUUGUAAAAGGAGGCUUAAAUUAUUCUGACAUAAGAGCACAAAAUCUUGUGUGUGGUGGUCAGUAUUGCAACAGUGAUUCGGUGUCCACUCAAAUAUUUAUAGCAUCAAAACAAUCAAACAGGACAUAUAUAGCAAAACCUGCAUCGUCAUGGCUAGAUGAUUAUAUCGAUUGGUCUCAAUUAUCAACCUGUUGUAAAUAUUUUGUUUCAAAUGAUUCCUUCUGCCCACAUACAGGGUCUAUCAAAUAUUGCUCUUCGUGUAAUAUCACUACCAAUAAUAUUGGUCGACCGGUACCAACAGACUUCGAUCGAUAUGUAUCAUUUUUCUUGCAAGACAAUCCCGAUGAAACAUGUGCCAAAGCAGGUCAUGCUGCUUAUGGGCAAGGUGUUAAUUAUAUUACUGACCCUGAGACAGGUCUGUCGAAAGUCGGAGCGUCCUAUUUUAUGGCUUACCAUACUAUAUUAAAAACAUCCGCUGAUUAUUAUGAAUCAAUGAGAGCUGCUAGAGCUCUAUCAGCAAAUAUAACAGACAUGAUUAACAGUUACCUAAAAAAUAUCAGUGAUAGUUCAACUGUUGAAGUGUUUCCGUACAGCGUAUUCUACGUUUUUUAUGAACAGUACUUAACAAUGUGGCCUGAUACAUUGUAUAGUAUAGGAAUAUCUUUAAUUGCCAUUUUCGUAGUAACUUUUCUUUUGAUGGGCUUGGACAUAUUUUCUUCUAUUGUCGUUGUAAUAACCAUCACGAUGAUUGUUGUCAAUAUUGCUGGUUUAAUGUAUUGGUGGCACAUAACAUUAAAUGCAGUAUCUCUCGUUAACCUCGUUAUGGCUGUUGGAAUAGCUGUAGAAUUUUGUAGUCACUUGGUGCAUUCCUUCUCAGUAUCAGUGAAAGCAACGAGAGUUGAAAGAGUUGCUGAUGCAUUGACGAAUAUGGGAAGUUCUAUCUUUAGUGGUAUCACUCUCACAAAGUUUGGUGGAAUUGUAGUACUUGGUUUUGCUAAAAGCCAAAUCUUUAAGGUAUUUUACUUCAGAAUGUAUCUUGGUAUUGUGCUGUUUGGGGCUGCACAUGGUUUAAUAUUCUUGCCAGUUUUACUAAGUUACAUUGGCGUGAUGUCGCGCCGAGGGCAUAGAAGAGCCCACGAAUGUGCCAGCAGGGCUAGAAACGAAUUUAGGAGCCAAAUGUGUGGGCCUGACUCUCCUUUACUCCAAAACAAUCAGCACCCAACCACUUCCUACGCCAGUGUGAACUCCAUAGAUCCGUCAUAUCAUCGAGUGACUUUUUAACACUUAAUUAUUGUCCAAAUUUAAUCAUACAGUAACUUUUAUACUUAGAGAGACUGAAUAUAAUCUGUUUGUGUAAUAUAGAAUUAUUUUUACUACGGUCAACAACUUACUUUUUAAAAGUUUUAGUAGAUUUGCUACUGACGCUGAAUGAUGAUCGGGAAAAGCAUGUUAUCGAUGCGAACUAUGAAGUUCACGUUUGGUAUUUUUUAUAAUUAGGAA